AUUGGACUUACCACACUCGCAUCCCUCUCUCUGCAUUUCUGUUGCCUCUCUCUCUCUCUCUCCAAACUGUUCAAGUGCCUCUCUGCCUUCAGCGCUCUAUAAAGACUGCAGGGGCUCCUCUCAAACUUUACCAAAGACAGAAAGUUUGACGACAUUGACUUUUUUCCUUGUAUUUUCUGACUUUGUGAGUGAGAGCUGCACUCAUCCCUCCGCUGCUCUCUCAUUCAUCCUGACCUGACAACUUUCCUCCUCACUCUGACUGAAGAGCGCGACGAAGAAGAAGAAGAAGAAGAAACCGGAGCACGUGACAAUUUCCGGAAUUCAAUUUAUUUAUUAAUUUCAUAUUUAUUUAUUUAUUUAUUUAUUUUUUCCGCCUUUUGCCUGCUGGUUUUUACCUGCCACUUGGAGCCAAUAUGAAAUUGCUGCUGGACUCCUCCUCGUCGCUCCUCUUCUCGCUGCUAUUGGCCCAGCUGCAGGUCUUCACGUCUGCCUCCCCGGUGCCACAGCGGAGGCCCACUGACAUGGAUAAACUGUCCAAUCAAACCAAAAACCUCAUGAAGCUCACGCAAGAACUGUUGAGGGAGCAUGCAUUUGACUCAGACGUGGAGCCCCACAGGUUCAGAUCCCUGCCAGAAAUGAGCAACAGAUCAGCCAAUGAUCUCAGCAAUCUUGAGCUGAAGCCCACACUCACUCAGCUCCACGCCGACCUGAAGCUGUAUGAGCACCACUUUGAGUGGCUGAACAGGGUCUCAAAGAAGCACCAUCACCCCGCGGUGCCCAAGCUGGUGGAGAUGAUCAAAGAAAUGAAGUCUCUCAUCACUCUGCUGCAUCGUCAGAUGCUGAGAGUUGAAGCACCAAGGCUGACUCCUGCCACCCCCUCCCUCCCCCCUCACCUCCCGUACCAGUUUGAUGUACUGCAGUCAAGUCACGAGCUCCUUCAACAUUUCAAGCUCUUCUGUGAUUGGGCAUAUAGAGCAUUCAUCAGCCUCAAGCCCAAAGCCUCCGCAGUACAAUGAUGAUCCAUAACCUGAAUGGCUUCGGAGCCAGUGAGGACGCAUGGAGGUCCACCUGGGUGGAAACAGGACCAUGUCAGUGUGCACUGUAAAGAAGAGCGUCCCUCAAGACGCCUGCCUGUCAGCCAAUGACAUUUGUUGAAGAAUGUGUCUUUCCAUCAGAGCCAAUGGGGAUGCACUAUACUGCAGCCAGUUACUGCCAUCGGAAUACCUGCCAGUUUCACUCCAGUGAUCAUGUCAUGAUUAUCCAAACUCUCUCCUACAGGCCUUGUUCAUGACCAUGUUAUUUAUGUAUUUAUUUAUUUAUUGACUGUUAGUAAUUUAUUUAUUUUAUUUAUUUGAAGUUGUAAAAUGUCACUAUCACCUUUAUUUUUUGCCCACGUCUAUGUAUAAUUUUUUCCUCUUGUGUCUCACUGAUCAUAAAAAAAAGAAAAAGAAAAACACACAGUAGCACUUCCUAAACCUACAGCUCUGAUAAUGACUUCUGUUUGAUAGAAUUUACUUUAUAAUUGUGUAUUUCUCCAGCCAAGAUCUCUUUCAGUAGAUGUAGCACAGACUUGGGACAGCCAAGUUUUUUUUUUCAUUAUAUUUAACACAGUGCCCUGAAGAUAUAGAUGUUGAUAUUAUUUUUGACAGCUGAAAACAUGCCACGUAUUCAUGUUAACAUUUCAAUCGAUUACUAAAUACAUUGAAUUCAUCCGUAAAUGUCAGGACAGUAACCAAAGAGGACUGAAUACUUUCUUUUGUACCACAGGUAGUUUCUGUUUUCAUUGCCUGUUUCCCAUGUUCUGCUUGAGGAGGCAUAUUUAACAUUGUGGUGGAGUUGUAUGAAUGUGCCCUGUUGCUGAGCACUGAUGGUCCUGAUUAGAUUCUUUGCACAAACUUGUUAGGAUUAGCAUCUUGGAAGAGUGAGAUGGCUGAUUUUGAACCUUUGCUUUGGGGUAAAGAGUUUGUUGUUUUUAGUUAAACACCCAAAGCCUUAAAAUACUAUGUAUUGUGACACUAUGUAUGUUCUGUACAGGUGUACAUAAAUGUACAAGAAUGUAAAAUGUUGUAUACAGUGGCUUUUGUGUAUUUAUGUUGUUUCUACAAUAUAAUGUAGAUUACCUUUCCAAUUGUAUCACUAUAAUUUCUAUUCAUUCCUAUUCUAGUAUGUGUCACAGUAUUGAUUAUUUAUUUAAGUAUCUUGGUGGAACUAUUUAUUUUUGUGCUGCAGUGGAGCAAGACUCCAAUCUUUUUCUACUUUUUUACAGUUUUUAUUCUUAUUCAUUAUUAUUAUAAUAGCAUCAUGUUUAAAUUAUUGUUGAAAUAUCAAGAUUCCUUUUCCUCACACUGAUUGGCCUCAAUGUGAAAUAUGUGCCUUAGUGGAAUA